AUGCAAAUGCCUACCCGCUCGCUUAGUAUCUGGUCCUCCAAUGUCACCUCUAACGAGAAUUACCCAAGAUUCAUUAAAGUAUUCUUCAAGAAAACAUAUGUUGAUGAAUGCGCCGCCCAGACGGACAAAUGCCAACAGAUAUGCAUUAACCAAGACGGUGCCUACACCUGUGGCUGCCAUCAGGGGUUCUCCUUGCAGAGUGAUGGGCGGACUUGCUCACUAUGUCUAGCUUGUUCGCCCGAAUUCAAACAAAUGCAGGCAGAUUAUAAACAACUGCAUCGACGUGUACUUCGAUUGGAACGAGAAAAGUCGCAGAUUCGAAAGAAUGUGACGAAACUAAAGAGAAGCCUCCGCCGUUGCAUGCGCAAUAAAUGCAAACGACAGUCCGCCACGACGACAAACGAACCGACAUCAACCACAACAGAGACCACUACACGAGCUACAACAACGAAAGCCACACAGCCCACAACAACGAAAGCCACACAACCCACAACAAUCACCACCCCAAAAACUGUCCCAACUACAACUAAACCUGAUAAUAUAAAAACGACAACGGUUCCCAUCACAGACAAAUCUUUGAAACGUAUUGAAUAUAUGAUUUCUUCAAUGAAUAAACAAUUCGCCAUAAUUGAAGAAAGACUCGAAGAAUGUAAGUAUACAUUGGUCGAACCUGUAGAUUAUUUGGAGUAUAGGGCUAUAGCCCAAUCCUGCUAG